CCGAGUUCCGCAGCCUGCGUGCCCUCCCCAGCCCCCGGCUGCUCGCCUCCGACGAGACCAGGAAACCGAGAUGGCUCCCAGUCACUGUUUACCUGUGUCUCCUGUCUCCAUAGGCCGGGCCCCCCCCCCCGACGCAGCAGAGUUUGAAGGACUGCGCAGUGGGAGCCCCGCACUGCGCCUGGCCCCGGCCCCCUGGAUCCGUCCGGGCGCCUCCACCCGGCUGUUAGCAUGAUGUCUUACCUCAAACAACCCCCAUAUGGCAUGAACGGGCUGGGCCUGGCCGGGCCAGCCAUGGACCUCCUGCACCCUUCCGUGGGCUACCCGGCCACCCCGCGGAAGCAGCGGCGGGAGCGCACCACCUUUACACGCUCGCAGCUGGACGUGCUGGAGGCGCUCUUCGCCAAGACUCGCUACCCUGACAUCUUCAUGCGCGAGGAGGUGGCGCUCAAGAUCAACCUGCCGGAGUCCAGAGUCCAGGUCUGGUUCAAGAACCGCCGCGCCAAAUGCCGCCAGCAGCAGCAGAGCGGGAGCGGGACCAAGAGCCGCCCGGCCAAGAAGAAGUCGUCCCCGGUGCGGGAGAGCUCGGGCUCGGAAAGCAGCGGCCAGUUCACGCCGCCCGCCGUGUCCAGCUCCGCCUCGUCCUCCAGCUCGGGAUCCGGCGCCUCCGCCAACCCGGCGGCGGCCGCGGCGGCAGGCCUGGGCGGGAACCCGGCGGUGGCCGUCCCGUCGUCGUUGAGCACGCCGGCCGCCUCGUCCAUCUGGAGUCCGGCCUCCAUCUCGCCGGGCUCCGCGCCCGCGUCCGUGUCGGUGCCCGAGCCCCUGGCCGCGCCCAGCAACGCGUCUUGCAUGCAGCGCUCGGUCGCCGCCGGCGCCGCCUCGGCCGCCGCCUCUUACCCCAUGUCCUACAGCCAGGGCGGCAGCUACGCGCAGGGCUACCCCGCGCCCUCCUCGUCCUACUUCGGCGGCGUGGACUGCAGCUCGUACCUGGCGCCCAUGCACUCGCAUCACCACCCGCACCAGCUCAGCCCGAUGGCACCCUCCUCGAUGGCCGGCCACCACCACCACCACCCGCACGCCCACCACCCGCUGAGCCAGUCCUCGGGCCACCACCACCACCACCACCACCACCACCACCAGGGCUACGGCGGCUCGGGGCUCGCCUUCAACUCCGCCGACUGCUUGGAUUACAAGGAGCCUGGGGCCGCCGCCGCUUCCUCCGCCUGGAAACUCAACUUCAAUUCGCCCGACUGUCUGGACUAUAAGGACCAGGCCUCGUGGCGGUUCCAGGUCUUGUGAGCCCAGGAGUGGAAGGAAGAAGAGAAGAAACGCAACUACCUGCGCCCUCCGUGGUCCCCGUCCUGUUGCUGCUGCUGCACCGCCCGCCUUUGCCUCGGCUUCUGCAGACCUGAA